AUGGUCCUCGUCGUCGUCGCCCGCAGCAUUCGCGACCACGUGCUGCGCACAUUCACGCGCCGCGACACCUGCCCACCAAACGCGCACACCUGCGAGUCGGAUGGUGUGGCCCCCUCCAAUGACCCGUCGACGGGGAAGGGGGAACCUUCCGACGAUGGCAGCCAUGAACUCGGCGCAGACAUGAAGGGCUACAUCGGCGUCGCCGUUGUCUGCGGCCUCAUCGUGAUCGGGCUGGUCCUCUGGCUGACUCUGGCCAAGUAUCCAAGACGAAAACUGCGACAAUGGAUGGACAGGGCUCGUGGGGAGACCUUUGUAGAAGAAGGGAGUGUGGCCGAGCUGGACUUGAAGGUCAAGGGGAAGAGGAGUCGGGAGGGGACAACAACACCAUCAGACAGCGAUCGACGGCUGUCCGCGGCGUCCCCUCUCCACGCGCUUGUAACAACAGGACGGAGAGCAAAAGAGGGGGGCAAGGAGGAUGUAAAGGACAAGGACGAGCUGCCCGUGCGCGCCGUCGACACCGUCCACAAAGUACGGCAGGCCUACUACUUAUGA